AUCAUAUAUAUAGAUCAUAUACACCUCGCCCGGCGGUACAGCUUUCGCCGCAACCGGUUUCAUUUUAAUCUCUCGCGUCGUACGAUAAUCUACAAAAUUACAGUAGCGUUCGGCAUUUUUUAUCGUUAAAAAUUCACUGUGAUUGAUCUGUGAAUCGUUAUAAACUUGAAAAACAGGGAGAUAACUGUAAAAAAAACGUUUUCUACUCCACGUUGUUGAAAAUGGCGUCCGCUGCUGAAUCGACCAACAUUCCCACCAAAUAUUUUACCCGAGCCGAGGUCGCCAAGCACAACGAUAGCAAAGAAUGCUGGCUUAUUAUUCACAACAGUGUAUACAAUGUCACCGCAUUUCUUAACGAGCAUCCCGGUGGCGAAGAGGUACUGCUGGAACAGGCAGGAAACGACGCGACAGAGACAUUCGAGGAUGUUGGCCAUUCCAGUGAUGCCAGACAAAUGAUGGAACCAUUUAAAAUAGGCGAAAUAACCCUGGAGGAACGAAACGUUUCGACUAAGGAAGAUAAGAAAGGAAAAGACUGGUCCGGUGGAAGUCAUGAUGACGACAACUCAAGUGGUUCUUGGAGAUCGUGGCUGAUUCCUGUGGCGCUGGGUGUGCUAGCGACCCUCAUCUACCGCUACUUCGUUGCUGCUCAUUAGGCCGAAAUCAUUCCAUAAGAAAGAAAGAAACAAAGUCUUUCUCUCUCCGCCUCCUUUUAUUUCUUUAAAAUAUUAGUUUCUUCUUAUUUUUUCUCAUCUUCUUUUUAGUUACUUUUACACUUAUUUUGUACGCGAUUGUUGUUGCCGCAUUGAAGUACUAUUGUUAUACGAUUUUACCCGAUUUCACCUGCCUCUUAUUUUUACAAUAAUGUCAGGUGACUUUUUUGUACCCGAUUGUGGACAGGGCCAUAACCAUUGGGCUGAACAAAUAUUCCGUAACGUCGGUAAUAUUAAUCGAAAUGGCUAUAUACAUAAAUUAUGUGCGUGUAUGUGCGUGCACACACACACGCGCGCGCGCGCACACACGAACGGAUAUAUAAUUACGAAACAAAAGAAUUAUAUGUGUGUAUUCAUUGUACACAAAUUUGUUGUUACGAAAUCAUGGUAAUCGUACUUUAUUAUGAUUAUAUAUAUAUAUAUAAACAUAUGCCUGUGUGUGUAUAUAUAUGUAUAGAAUAUUGAUACUAUACGAAAAUAAAGGAAUUUAAUUAACACUCA